AAAUCAUUUUCGCAUCUCUCUCCAUCACCAUGGCUCCUAUUUCAGCUCUGGCGAAAUACAAGCUGGUUUUCUUGGGGGAUCAAUCUGUGGGGAAGACCAGUAUCAUCAGUCGCUUCAUGUAUGAUAAAUUCGAUAACAAUUACCAGGCUACCAUUGGUAUCGACUUUCUAUCCAAAACAAUGUACCUCGAAGAUCGAACUGUUCGAUUGCAGCUUUGGGAUACUGCAGGGCAGGAAAGGUUCAGGAGUCUUAUACCAAGCUACAUUAGGGAUUCCUCGGUGGCAGUCAUUGUCUAUGAUGUAGCAAGCAGGCAGUCCUUCUUAAAUACUUCAAAUUGGAUUGAAGAGGUGCGGGCUGAACGGGGAAGUGAUGUUAUCAUUAUGCUUGUGGGGAACAAAACAGAUCUUGUGGACAAAAGGCAAUUCUCGGUGGAGGAAGGAGAAGCCAAGGCUCGUGACAUCAAUGUUAUGUUUAUUGAAGCUAGUGCCAAGGCUGGUUUCAAUAUCAAGGCUCUAUUUCGGAAGAUUGCAGCUGCAUUGCCUGGAAUGGAAACACUAUCUUCAACAAAGCAUGAAGACAUGGUGGAUGUGAAUCUUAAGUCGAGCAAUUCAAAUGGAUCGCAGUCACAACAAGAGUCAGGAGGAUGUGCCUGCUAAUACCCAAAAUCAUUCAUCUCAGCAUUUCUUUUGUGCUUCCAUGAUCCUACUAAGUGCAUGUAAGAAAUCUUGUUUUGAAGCACUGGGUGUGGUUGAAUAUUUGAGUAUAUAACUUGAGAGAGAAGAUAUUUGGUAUGGUAGUUAGGCUAGUCCUAAGUCCUAACCAGUCAUAUAUGAGUAGGGUUCUUGUGAUCUCAAGCAAUUAUGCCAGUUUGAUUUUGCUUAUUUAUAUUAAUAGAGGAUUUGCUUUGCUCUUGACUAUGUAAAGAAUAUUAUUAGCUUCACUUUAAGCGAUUUUCCUCGUCAGUGAUGGUUAAUGCACCAUUCCAUUUUUUCCUUCUUCCAAUAUAUAUCAAUUAAGCUUUAGUUUUGUUGGUACUA